AUGCCAGCAGAUGAGGUACAAGAAACUCCACAGGAAGAAGUUCAGAUACAACCAGACAUGGAAGAAAUAGUUCAGCAACAACAGCUAGAAGAGCCUGAAGGAAACGAACAAGUCACUCCUUUGGAAACUAACUUCACAGAACUAGAUGAAGAUUUGGAACAGCCGAAAAAUCUUGACCCUCAACAAGAGUAUGCGGAGAAUAUGGAAUAUUUCCAAGAGUCUAAAAAAAAUUCGGCUGACAUAGUAGAAGAAUAUCGAAAAAUGUUUGCCGACAUACAAAAGACUCCAACACCAGAUGAAAAUAUUCAGCAUAGAAUGGAAGUACUGAAAGAAAAUGUACACAAAUACAACAACCCUUUUUACUUACGAGCAUUUAACGUUCAAUCUUCGGAUGAACUCGGUGAAGAUAAAAGGUUAAAUUUCAAGAAAACAUAUAGAAAUGAAACAUUGUUUAAAGUUCAUUCAGAACCUAACCAAGAUGGAAACAAACCUACUUUUGUUUCUGCAGACGAUGGAACUACAAUGAGAUGGGGUCAUAAAGCUAACCCGGAUAGGUGGUUCAUAAACUUACAACCACAAUUCCAAGAAGUUGUAGACGCAAUGGAAGUCAAUGGUGAACCAGAUAUAGCUGGUAUUUUAAGCGCGGCUUUAAUGCCAUUGAAAGAUAUGAAACAUGCAGAUAUUUUGGACCAGUAUGAAAUGAACAUGGCUGAUGGAAAUAUAACACCUGACGUUCUAGAACAUUUAUCUCAAAGAACUACACAGAACCAUAGAGAUGGUAUAUUUGGUGAAGAGUUUAGAAAGAAAGUUAUGGACAGCGAAGGAAGAGAACCUAUUGUACAUGACCUUGCAAACGAAAGUUUACAAAAUGUCAUAAAAACUUACUUUGCAGACAAUGAACCGAGAAGGGAUGAAUAUUUAAGAAAACUCAAAUGGACAGUACCAAAUGAAAU